AUGCUCGCUGCUUCGAUGGAAAUUGACAAUUUCAUAGAACGACAACGCUCUAAAUUAAACAAACAGUCAUCUCAAACUUCCAUGACUCGGCCGCCUCCUGUUAUGCAACAACCAAUGAAUCAACCACCGGCACCACCUAACAAUGUUCAAGAUCGACUUGACUUCAAAGUAGCACGAAUUCUAGAUGAGCCUCCACCUCGUAUUGCACCUCAACAACAAUUCUAUCCACCCCCUCCUCCACCGAUGCCUAAUAAUCAAACUGCUGAACAUCAAAUGAAUUUUUAUUCUGAGCAACGUCGUUCAUCGUACGAUGGUAAUGACAAUGCCGCGUCAUUUUUCAACCGAUUUGGAGCGUAUGACGAUAAACGUUCUCAGCUGAAAGAUGAUUUGAAACGUGAAUAUAACGAAUAUCUACAAUCACAAAAAGGAAUGUCCAAAAGCAAAUCAUCUUCCCAAAUAGUAUCACCACGUCAUAAUACAACUAAACAAGUUCAAUUUCAGCAGCAUCAACAAAAUGGAAAAGUAGUUGCACCGUGGGAGAAAAACGAAAAUAGAUCUGUCUCCAACACACAAAACAUGAAUAAUAUGUCAACAACAACCACAACGACAACGUCAGAAUACACAGUAAAUCGCUCACGUGCACCGACAUCUGUCAAUCACGAUGAACAAUUCAUUCGAGAUCGUGAAGAAUACAUCUUAGAACUACAUGCACAAAUACGAGAAUUGGAACAAAGAAAGAAACAACUUGAAAUCGAUGGAAACAGAUUAUCUGCUGGUGGUACAUCGAUGAUGUCACGAGCACAUUAUAAUGAAGAUCUGAAUGCCUUAAAUUCUUUACUUGCGGAACGUUUGGAUCAACGCAACGCGAUUGAUCACGAAUUAGCGCAUAUUCUUAACCGUCCACCAGUUUCUUCCAGUCCGACACGAGUGAUCCAAGGUGGCGUAUCCAAUUUGAAUAUUACUCAUGAGCAUAAGUCUUCACAAGGACAGCAACAGCAAAACGGACGUCAAACGCAGGUAUACCGUAAUGAAAACCGGCAAGGAACAUUUGAUGCAGGCUUUCAAAUUGGUCGAGAAGUAGACAAAGACGCUGAACAAACGGCGAAGAAACGUUAUCAGCAAGAACUUCAAUCUCAAAUGCGUGAAGCACAGAUGCGUAAGGCACAAGCCAAGCAAGACAAAGACGAUUAUGAACGCAAAUUGGACGCAGAUAUUCAACGAUAUAAUUAUUUUGGUCGCAGUGGUGGAGGUGCACCGAUGCGCGAUAAAGAUGGUAAUGUUGUAGCAAACUUAGGCGAUCUCAGAAAUCCACCUCCGCCAACUCAGCGACAACAACCGCCACCACCAUCUCAUUUUCCAUCUGAUGACAAAGUCUAUUCGUUAGGUACUGGUCUAAGCUCCCUUUCAAAUCCACCCUUUUAUAAUGGAGAACAAUCACAACCACAGUACCCAUCCAACUCGGAUCGUCCUGGUUCGCCAAAUCAUGCUCGUGGCGCGGUUAGUAAUGGAAUCUUUGGCACGACUAAAACUGAAGCACAAAUAGUACGGGAAGAAAAGUACAAACAAGAUUUGAAGAAACAAAUGGAAGAGAGACGUCAACGUGAAGUAGAAGAAGCAGCGAAACGUCGAGCUGAAGAAGAACGUGAACUUGCUAAACACUUAGAGUGGCAACAACAGAUGGAGAAACAAAUGACCGAAGAAGCUUUGCGAAAGCAAGAAAAAGAAGAUCAAGAACGUCUUCAUCAACAACAAUUACAAGAAGAAUUAGAACAACGCCGAAAACAGGAAGAGCAAUUGGGGAAACGAAAGCCUAAACGACCAGAAAAACCAACUACACCCCGAAGUGAUGAAGAUGUACGACAAAAUACUUAUGAUGAACCGCCGCCGCCGCCACCUCGAACCGAAGCUGCCUAUCGAAGUUCGUCGCCCCCAGUGCCUACCUUAAAAAACAAAGACAAAAAACAAAAAUCAACCGUCAACAAUACACGACGUCCAUCCUAUGAAGACACAAGCCAUCAACCACCGGCACCUUCAUUCGACAAUCAAGAUGAUUACAUGCGUCCCGUAUACGAUGAUACAGAGAGUCGAGGGAAGCAAACGUAUAGAAAACCACCGACACCACGUCAGCCAGAAAUAUCAACAGAUAGAAAGAAGCCACCGACUACAUAUCGAUCUCGACCACGUCCAGGUUCUGGUACAUCUCUGCGAUCUGAUGGUUCAGAUUCUGAAGUACUCAACCGUCUUGAACAUUUGAAACGACAAUUAAAGGAUCGAGAAGCACGUCUUCAGGAUCAUGUUAAUCGUCAUCAAACGACUGAACAACAUUCGAAGACAACACGAAAACAAAGUCCUGGACUUCUAUUCAAUGCCGCACGUGUUCAUCAUCGCGACUCGCCAACGACAAAUGAUGUCGUCCGUCGUAUUCUUCAAACUGACGAUGAUGUUGAAUACAAACCAAGUUACUUCCGCGAUGAUACCAUUCUACUAGGUGGUGCGGGCGGAACGAGUGCAAAUGCUGACAAUGAAUUCUUUGCAUCAUUAAAACGUAUGAAUUCGGGCAAUCGAAGACUCAAUGAUGAAAUCGAAAAAGAAGCGAAUCGUACGCGAUAUGAUCGUGAUUUACCAAAAUAUUACGAUCAAGAUGAUCCAACUAGUAUGGCAAAUUAUGAAUUAAACAGAAUUGCUAAGCAGAAUGAACAACGUUUGAAAAAACUACGUGAUCUAGAGAACGACGAUGCCUCGUUAUUGGACAGUAACGAAGUACUUGAACGUUUUCAACAAAAGCAACGUCUUCAUCGAGGUGGUAGUCAAACCACUCUACAAGAUGAUGCUUGGCUCAAAUGA